UAUAGAGUUUUGGGGAGUGCAUAUAAUCAACAUAUUAUCGAAGGUGCUUAGAUAUUGAUCCUGUAUUUCGAGGUAGUUCAAAUUCGCCUCUACUGGACCUUCGGGUUUGACCUUAAUUUUUUUCCCGUGCUUGGUGGAGAAUAAUUCACGCGUAAAAAUGCCGAAGAGAAAGUCUCCAGAGGGUCCUGAGGGCAAGGAGGCCUCCAAAGUCACAAAGCAAGAGCCCACCAGAAGGUCAGAGAGAUUGUCAGCGAAACCUGCUCCACCCAAGCCCGAGGCCAAGCCCAAGAAGGCCAUCGUCAAGAAGGUGGCAGACGAUAAGGGGGCGAAGGCAAAGAAAGGCGGUGCUAAGGGUAAGAAGGAUGAUGGCCCCGCCCAGAACGGAGAGACCAAGACCAAUGAGAUCUACGUGUCUCGUCCGUCUGUCAGUGUGUCCUCCAUCAGAAGCACGGCUCCCUCCUUGAUGUCAGUGAGAGGGCAGAGUGAGACAGUCAGAGUUAAGGGUAACUGAAGCAGCAGAGGAGGCGACUGAGGAGAAGGCGUAAAGACACGGGCGCGUCUGCCGACUCGUCCCCUCUGACUCCAUGGCAGCAAAGCAUCUUUUUUUACUGACGAUUUUUGUACCAUGCUGAAUUUUUUUUAGACUUGUGAUAGUAGAGAUGGACAACCAGCAGCCCCAUCCCAUUCUAUGUUCACACUCCUCUCAGCUCCCCUCUUACCCCACAGUAUGUUUUCGCCCGACUCUCCUCUCUCCUCCAUUCUGUAUCGCUCCUCUCAGAAACAGAAAGACAGAAUGAAGUGUUUUUAUCUGCAGGCUGCAGAUGUUCUUCAUCUUGCCUGAAGGGGGCCGUCAACACGACUGUUAUGAUCUCUAAACCAGCUCUGCCUAUGUGUGUAGUCUCAACGGAAGAUCAUCAUCAUUAUUGGCACCCUAUUUCCCCCCCGAUGGUUGAGGUGAGGAUUUGUGGAUGCAGAGCUACCAGAGCUACAUAGUCGCCAUGAAGAACAUCUGCAGCUUUAAAAAAAAAAAGGUAGUUUUUAGGAUCUCCACCACUGUGUUUCACAUAGCUCCUUUUGUAUGUGUGCUGGAGUGAAUGUGUUUGUGGGUCUCUGUGUCCCCCCCCUCCCUCCUUUCCUUUUUCUCUUCCCCCCCCCUCCUGAGCGCCUUGUCCUGCAGCAGAGUGACAUAGCAAUAAUGAGUGGUGCUUCUGUUCUAGACGGCUCUAUUGGCUUUGGACCCUCUGGGCUUCUCUUGAGUUUCAUCCUGUUGGGAGAAUAUUUUCAAAUAAAAGAAAAAGUUGAUGUCA